AUGAAAUUUCCCAUGUUAUGCGUAGUUUUGCUAUUACUUGUUGCGGCAGCCAAAUCAGCACUGUUUAUAAGAGGUAACCAUGGCCAAGUUCAUGUUCGCAAAGCAUGAUUCCACAACUUUAGACCGUCUCUGCGAUCCCAUCUCCUGUCACGACUACUGUUUAAAGAAGUGGCCUAGAAACCCGUGGAUUCAAGGGUACUGUAGCUUCUCCAUGUGUGUCUGCUUCUCCAAAGCACCCAAAAGGCCAUCAGGGAUUGAAGUGAUUUCGGAAUAA